AUGGCGCCCUCCGUUCUCGAAAACUCAACCGACGACCGCGUUAGCCUCAGCCAGGAUGGCUACGAAUGCUCCGACCGUCUCACAUUGCUCCGAAGCAACCCCGAAGCACCGACAGUAUGCCAGGUGUGCGUAGUUGGAGCUGGUCCGGCAGGCCUGAUGAUGGCCGCAAACCUUGCUCGGAUGGGCGUCAAGGUGCAGGUCAUUGACGACAGGGCAGACCAGACACCGGUUGGAAGAGCGGAUGGCCUUCAACCGAAAACGCUCGAGACAUUUCGACAGAUGAGAUUGGCAGACCCUCUGCUCCAGAGGGGCGUCAAGGUCUACGACAUCGCCUUCUGGCGCGGAACGGCUGACGAGCCUUUGCACCGGCUUGGCCGAGAAGUCCACUACCCGCCCAUCAUCGACGUCCUCGAUCCGUACAUCUUGCUUGUGCAUCAGGGCAUGGUCGAGAGCCUGUUCAUAGAGGACAUGAAGAAGCGCGGGGUUGAGGUCCGCAGGAAUACGGCCUUUGAGUCCUACAGCGCAUGUGAAAACAGUUUCGGGCCUUUGCAGAUCAACUGCCGAGCAAAUGUCACGCAAGAUAGGAAAACCAUACUUGCAUCGUACCUUGUUGGAUGCGAUGGCGCACAUUCCAAAGUUCGAAAGAGCAUACCAGAAGCAAGGCCUGUCGGUCUGUCUCAGCCCGCAGUGUGGGGUGUACUAGAUGGAGAGUUGGAAACCGACUUCCCAGACAUAUGGUCAAAAACACUCGUCUACUCGCAAGAGCAUGGCUCCAUCCUCAUCAUUCCGCGGGAGCGCAAUAUGACCCGCUUUUAUAUCGAGCUCAAGAGCUCACCAAAGUCCGACAGGCGCGAACUCGGCCAGGAGUUCGUCAUGCAGCGCGCUAGAGAGAUAAUGGCACCUUUCGAGGUUAAAUGGAAAUAUAUUGAGUGGUUUGGACGGUACCAAAUCGGCCAGCGGGUGGCCAGCCGAUUCGCCGACUCCCACAACAGGGCUUUCCUGGCCGGCGACGCCAGCCAUACGCACUCCCCCAAGGCGGCACAAGGGAUGAACACCUCAAUGCACGACUCCUGGAACCUGGCCUGGAAGCUCAACCUGGCCGUCAGGGGCCUUGCGAAGCCGUGCCUGCUAGAAACCUACGAGAACGAGAGGCGAAAGAUCGCACUCGACCUUGUAAACUUUGACUAUGAGCAUGCAAACCGCAUUGCGGGCGGCGAUGCCGUGGCCCUGGCUGAGAACUUCAACACCAAUGUCCGAUUCAUCUCUGGUGUCGGGGCAGAGUACAGCGAGAACCCACUGAACAUGCCCGAAGACCAGGCUUGGGUUGGAGGCGAGGCCAAGCCGGGCUGCCUGCUGCCUCCCGCCAAGGUGACGCGGUACAUUGACCUGAAUCCCGUCGAUGUGCAACUCGACAUUCCCAUGUUGGGCCAGUUCCGCAUUUACCUGCUCAUGUGGGAUGUUCACCAGUCCAGGCCCUUCCUGGACAUGUUUUGCAAUGCCAUCGCCAGCAGGGACUCACUGGUGAGCCAAUUGUCAGCCGCCGCGAGCGCAUCCUUCGCCCUGCAGCCCCGAUUACCAUCCCCCGAGGAUAUUUACUGGAGGCCAGAGAGGUAUACGGCUGUUAGCCACCUCUUUACGUUUAGCAUUAUCACAACAAUGCCCAGAAGUGAUAUAGAGAUAACAGACCUUCCCCCGCUGCUCCAGGACAGCAGGUGGACUUUCUACCUGGACAACAUUCCAGACCAGGAUACACGAGGCAGCCUGUGCACUAACAAGUGGCUCGGCAGCCUCGGGCCGGGCGAGGUGGCCAUAGUUAAUGUGAGGCCAGAUGGCUACGUCGGCUCGGUCGACCGCUGGGACUCUAGCAUGGACGACUCCGGAGAGGAGGCCGCCAAGUGGCUGGACAUGUACUAUGACCGAUUCUUGCAGGUGCCCCAGGUAGACAAGAAGAUGAAGGGUUGA